AGCUUCUCUUAAAAUUAAUAACUUCCGGUUAAAGAUACACGUCGAUUGACGUGCAAUGUUUUCAAUGGUUAACGAUCCAAAGACUGGCUGAUGUAGCUGUUUGGGUCGAUAUUCAGAAAUGGAGAAUGCAUUGUGUGCAUGAGUUCAAUUUAUGUCCAAUUAGAAGCUGAUUUAACAAAACUUACGUAUUCGUACCGUAGUUAGUGUACACCAACUGACCAAGCAUUCGAUAGCACAGCAUCUUGUCAGUGGAAUUUUAAAGUGAUGAAUAAUUUACGGGCCUAAGUGGUUUCAGCUGUAUAUUUCCAGAUGCGACUGGUUUGUUUCUAUUUGCCAUUCUCUUGUCGUUCAUACCCGUGAAACAAUUUGAGUGAUAAUGAGGCGUCUUAAUGUUGCAAGUAAGAACAAGGCACUGAAAGUUGUGAAAGAACUUGAUGCCUUUCCCAAAGUUCCAGAAAGUUACAAAGAAACAACAGCUACUGGCGGAGGAUUAUCUAUUAUAACUUUCAUCAUCAUAGCAAUUCUAGUGAUCUCUGAAAUCAAGUAUUACACAGACACAGAGCUGAAGUUUGAUUAUGAAGUGGACACAAAUGUCACAGGAAAAAUCAAGAUCAAUGUUGACUUGACAGUGGCCAUGAAAUGCAGCAGUAUUGGUGCUGAUGUCCUUGACCUUACAGGACAAGAUGUCCACAGCUAUGGUAGACUGAAGGAGGAGGACACCUAUUUCGAGUUGACUCCAAACCAGCAGAAAUACCACACAUUUUUACAGGAAAUUAACCGGUACCUGCAGGAGGAGUAUCAUGCUAUACAGGACCUCAUGUGGAAGUCCAAGACGCCAGCCUUCCGUGGCGGUAUGCCUCCGAGGGAAACAAACCCCGAACAUGGUCCUGAUGCCUGUAGAGUUCAUGGGUCGCUGGAGGUCAACAAGGUCGCCGGCAACUUUCACAUUACUGCUGGAAAAUCUGUUCCCAUGAUUCCAAGAGGACACGCUCACAUCGCCAUAAUGUUAUCCGAAAGGGAUUAUAACUUCUCUCAUCGAAUUGAUCACCUUUCCUUUGGGGAGCCAGUAUCUGGAGUUAUCUACCCUUUGGAUGGGGAACUGCAAUCGACAAAAGCACACUUCCACACAUUCCAGUACUACAUACAGGUGGUUCCGACAGAAGUGAGGACGUACCUGGUCAAUGAAAACACUUAUCAGUUUGCGGUAUCACAGAGGAGCCGUCAAAUUGAUCACUCCAAAGGCAGCCAUGGCGUACCAGGGAUUUUUGUCAAGUAUGACUUGUCAUCACUGAUGAUCCGAGUGCGCGAGGAGCACAAGCCGUACUGGCAGUUCAUGAUCCGACUGUGUGGAAUAAUAGGAGGAGUGUUCUCCGUCUCAGGAAUGAUGCAUGGUCUCUCUGGCUUUCUGGUGGACCUAUUCUGCUGUAGAUUCAAGAUGGGCAAAUAUAAACCGAAAUCCUUCGAGGAAGCAAGUCAAAGUGCCACGCCCCCGUCUCCAUCCCUAUCCAACCCUCCACAAGAUGAUCCUGCUGGGGUGUCACUGCUUGCUCAGCCUCAAUAGCACAUUUUAUUCAUUUUAUAUCCAAUUUACUGUUAUAUUUUUUAAAAUCUACUGUAGUUGUUGAAUGUUGGAUGACAAUAAAUGUGGUAAUUUUAAA